AUGCUUCUCAGCGCCGGUGAUAAAAUCGACAAAGGAUCUGAAUCUUACCUUUACCCACACCAGAAGACAGUACAGAAUGCCAUUGCCCUCAUCUUCAUCAUUACCAUCCCAGUUCUUUUGUUCGCUAAGCCAAUUGUCGAAAUUGUCUGCCACAAAGGAAAAGCACACGGCGGAGUCAUGGAAAUCUUCGUUAUGAACCUCAUCGAUGUCAUUGAGUUCUGCCUUUCAAUGCUUUCACACACGGCUUCUUACCUUCGUCUCUGGGCUCUUUCCCUCGCUCACUCUCAGUUGUCUCACGUUUUGUACGAGCAGAUCUUCAUUUUGACACUCAAGCAGUACAAUCCAGCUCUUUUCUUCUGCGGCUGGGCUGCUUUUGCUGUCGGAACAGUCGUAAUUUUGCUUGGUAUGGAGUGUUUCUCUUCCCUCCUUCACGCAAUUCGUCUCAUGUGGGUCGAGUUUUCUUCAAAGUUCUACACAGGUCAGGGAUACGAGUUCAAGCCACUCUCUUUCAAGACUGCUGCUUACAAAGUUGGAUGCAAAUAA